AUGGCGCCACUAAUUGUCUGGUUUAGUGUCCUAGGCGCAGUCACAGCCCAGUCUUGCCAAGUCCAUUCUGAUACUUUUGAGACAGACUUUUGUCAGAUGAAGGCUGCUGUGGACGUCCUUAAAGGUGACACACAGCGGAUCUCUAAUAAUGAAGUGGAACUCUCCAAACUAUGGCACACCAUUCGUGCAGAAACAAAGAGUAUUUACGACAACCGUAAAAUGAUUGAUGUCAUAAAGAGAAAUCUGACUGAUUUGAGCAUCGCACCGAAUACCAACCCAGAUGUAAUGGAAAAAUUACAUAACAUUACAUCGACUGUGGACGAUAAAAUGAAAAACCUCACCGACACUGUGACAGCUCUCGAAUCCCGGAUGAGGCAAUUAGAAAUAAAGUGCAGCAGCUGUGGCACGAGAGGUCAUCCGUGUGAUUUACACCCUUGUGAGAAUGGAGGAAAGUGCGUGGAGUUGGGGAAAGACUUUUACUGCGCAUGUCCGUUAGGAUUCGCGGGAAAACUGUGUGACGUUACCGAUCAUUGCAUCCCAUCGCCCUGUUUGAACAAUGGGACGUGCGUGAAUAAUGUUGUGUCCCAUACAUGUCUGUGUUCUCUUCCUUAUACCGGUCCAAACUGUACAAUCGAACUGACCGUCUGCGACACCAACCCAUGUGCAAGGGGCAUGUGUGUACCUGAUGGAAAGAACUUCAAGUGUCUGUGUGACCCAGGUUUCUACGGCGAUCUCUGCAACAGCGUAGUCGACUUAAGUCUUAUCACCACAGCAUCUUCAACAUUACCACCAAAAAGUACACCUUCAACAUUACCAUCAAAAAGCACAACUUCAACAUUACCACCAAAAAGUACACCUUCAACAUUACCAACAAAAAGUACAAAUUCAACAUUACCAUCAAAAAGUACAAUUUCAAAAUUAACACCCAAGACAACACUUUCAACAUUACCACAAAAAGGUACACCAAAGUCAACAAUCAAUCCAACAAACAGCACAGUACAAAAUUCUACAAAACCAUCAUCACAGGCAACAAAGUCCUCUCUACCACCAGGAACAAAUAUAACCACUGCAGCCGACCCCUGUGUUACACCGUCUAUUUGUAACGAACCCUCUGUUUGCGUUGCGCGAGGAGUUAAUUAUGAGUGUGUAUGCCCCCAAACAAAUAAAACUAUCAAUGACGCUUGUCUUGAACCAAUACUCGUUAAACCUUUUGACAUUUGCUGCAUUCAAGACAUAUGUCAACCAAUAUCACAACCAAUUUGUUGA